GGUGUGACCGAAGAAGAAGGUCGAGUUCGAAUUUUCGAAUUCGAGGCGGGAGAUUUGCGAAUCAACAAAUAUUGGGUUCCUCGAAUUCGUCUUCCUCGCUGCUUUAAGCCUAUUGUGCGCCAUUUCCGAAUGGAGAAGGAUUCGGACACAGAGAGUACACAGAUUUUGGGCGAUUGGGAGUUUCCUCCUCCUUUGAAUCCCGAAGGACUCGAAAGUAGAGUUUCAGACAAAGAAACGGUAACUUCCGGAGGAGGCAGGUUACUGCCACCGUGGAUUGACCCGUUGUACGAAUGGGGUGGUGGGAAAUGGAAAGAGGACGGAAGAAAGAAGAAGAAGAAGAAGAAGAAGAAGAAGAAGAAGAAAGAGAGUGAUGACGCUGGAGCUUCUGAUUUGAGUCUUGAGGAUCUGAUUGAUGAAUAUUCAUCUCUACCCCCUCAAAUCGCUGAAUGGUUUUGGUGUAUCGAAUAUGUAGCCAAAUUCGUCAAGGAUCUACGCUGCAUACUCGAUUUGAUGAACAUGGGUUAUCCCUGCACAAAUGACUAUGGGAGGAGGAUUAAUGAACUCCUGUCUCUUAGAAUCUUGGAGUUCAUGUUUGAUCCAAGCAAGAGUGAUGAUGCUACGGGCGUCGGUGUCGCUGAGUCAAGAGUUGAGUUCGAUUUAUCUUUGAGCAACACCGAUGUUCUCAAAGCCAUUUGUGAAGAUAUUCCAAUAUCAAGCUUACGAACGGGAAUGCCGGAGCUAUCAAAGUUCAAUGUUCUUCCAUUUAUUGCUCACAAGAACAUGUCUUUGCCACAAUGUGCACUGGAGAAGCUGAGAGAUGUGAGUUUAAUGGAGAAUCAGACAAGUGCAGCUCCUCCCAUGGAAGCAAAUGACCCACUUGUUAGAGAUGAUGGAACAUUGCACACGGAUGUAUGUGAGGAGAAGCCGGUAGAUGAGCAGCAAGUGCAAAUUGGUUUGGAGCAGACGAAUAUAAACGACAAGGGUAAAGCAAUCUUGAUCGAUGAUAAGGAUGAUCCAAUGCAGACAAACGAGAAAGAUGAAGAAAAUGCGAUCGAUACUGGCGGGACAUUUCCUCUAAGUUGUAAAAGAAUGAGGCUAGAGGAUACACGUGUAAAAUGUACAAAAGAUGGGACGUGGCUAAUCAGUGGGAGCGAUGAAGAGUCAGAUAUGGUUAGAGGUCGAGCUGAGAAUGUAUGCUGGAAAUGUGAAAAAGAAGGAACUUUGUUGAUAUGUUGCAGAAGCGAGUGUGCAGCUAGAGUUCACAGGGAAUGCUUGAAUUCCCCGGUUAACCUUGAUGAAGACGGCAACUUUCACUGCCCUUUGUGCUGGUAUAAUCGAGUCACCAUGGAGUACCUUGAAUGUCAGGAGUUGAUGAGUUGUGCAAAGAGAAGACUCGCCAAGUUCUUACCGCUACUUUCCAGAGCAAGCAAGAGACUUAGACGAUGAUGGCAUUCUUGCUGCAAUGUAAUUUUGGGAGAAGAAGUUGAGUAACCUUAGACUUAGACCAUUCAUGUGAAUGUUGUGAAUGGUGUGAAUGUUGUAAAUUAAAAAUCUUGCUCUUUUUUUUGGGCGAAAUAGAAAAAAAAUCUU